AUCAGUUUGUCAGUUGUCUUCAUCUAUGGCGCACAUCAUUUAACAUCAUUAAACAACGAGUCAAGUUAGCAUAUAUGCGUUAGUCUCAGUAUUCAUUAUAAGCUUUGUUCUAUGUUCUAUGGUGACAGACUACUCACUAUUCUUUAUCUAUCUAUCUAUCCAUUUAGAUCUAUGGUUCAUCUUAAGUCGAAGGUUAAUUAGGUUAUAAUAAAUAGUAGUGCUCUAAAUUCAGCACGCCAGGAAUUUCUAAGCGAUUUCUUUGAAGCCAACAAUAUGGCUCAUUAUAAAGGAGCAGCGAGUGAAGCAGGCAGGGCCAUGCAACUGAUGAAAAAACGUGAGAAGGAAAUGCAGGAUUUGGAAAUACGCAAAAAGAAAAUCGAGGAAGACUUGCGAAUCAACAAUAUCGAAACCAAGUUUGCAGCUCACUAUGAUGCCGUCGAACAACAGCUCAAAAGCUCUACCAUCGGUUUGGUUACGUUGGAUGAAAUGAAAGCGAAACAGGAGAAUAUUAUGAAGGAAAGGGAGAAGAAACUGGCGCAGAAGCAAGCGGAAAAAGAACGGGAACGACUGAGGCAAAUAGAGGCCAAACAAGCAGAAAAGAAUAGACAAAAGAAACAAAUUCAAGCGUUAUCAUUUACAUUGGAUGACGAUGAAGCAGCUGAAGCAGAUACUGAGAGUGAAAAAUCAUUUAAACGGUCUUCUGAAGAAGUAGCGCAUAUUAAUUUGAAGAAAGUGAAAAAGGACCCAAUGGCAGAUACUAGUUUUUUGCCAGAUAGAGAAAGAGAGGAGGAAGAGAAUCGGCUGAGGGAGGAAUUGCGGCAAGAGUGGGUGGAUCAACAGCAGAAACUCAAGGAAGAAGAGAUUGACAUCACGUUCAGUUACUGGGAUGGAUCUGGACACAGAAGAACUGUACGAGUAAAAAAAGGGAACUCCAUUUAUCAAUUUCUGCAAAAAGUAUUGGAGCUGCUCAGAAAAGAAUUCUCUGAACUAAAGACUGUUAUGGCUGACCAACUGAUGUAUGUUAAAGAAGAUUUGAUACUACCGCAUCAUUACACAUUCUAUGAUUUUAUAGUCAUGAAGGCUAGGGGAAAGAGCGGCCCUCUUUUCCAGUUUGAUGUACAUGAUGAUGUGCGACUAGUAAGCGACGCCUCCAUUGAAAAAGAAGAAAGCCACGCUGGAAAAGUGCUUAUGCGCAGUUGGUACGAACGCAAUAAACACAUUUUUCCGGCUAGUCGAUGGGAGCCGUAUGACCCUACAAAGACCUACAACAAGUAUACGGUGUCUGACAAAAAUAAAAAACAAUAAUUGUGCUUCCUGUUUCUAAUUGUUCGGUUAGUUUUAAGGUGCGUUUGAUUGUCCUUUAACAUGAUAUUUCACUUAAAAAUGAUCGUGCGAAAGGGAGGAAAAUACUGUUUAUGCAAUUUACCAGAGUACACGGCGGGUCAAAUAUAUUUGUAUGUUUA